AUGGCGCCAUCACACAGCCCCUGCGCGGCACUCGGCGGCGAGCGACAGACGGGGCUCGGGGCCGCGGCCGCGGGGCUCCGUAGUUCCCGGUGGUGGCGGUCGGGCACGGGCGGUGCUGGUUGGGCCGCGGGAGGCAGCCCCGGGUGCGCUGCUUGUGUGCUGCAGGACGAGGGAGGGCUCGUCCUCCUGCAUCAGCGAGCGGUGGAACCGCGGAAUGAAUCCCAGACUGGAAAAAUGGUUUCAGCACAAAAGAGCGGAGCGGGGAGCGGCCGAGGGGACCGGCGGGGCUGGGGGACCGGGGAGCCGCUGCGGGCCCGGCGGGCUCUGGCGGUGCUGCGGGUGCGGCUGUGCCGAGGGCGAGGCGGGGCCGGGGCCGGCGGGCAGCGCUGGCUGAAGCCGGUCCCGUGCCGGGCGGCGCGCGGGCCGGUGUCGCUCCCCCAGCGCGGGCCGACGGGGCCGGGCGUUGCCUGGCGGCCGGUGCAGCGAGAGCGGCCGGUGCGUCCGUUGUCGGGGAGCGCCAUGGAGGGCCAGCGGCUGCCCGGCGCUGUCAACCCCAGCCACUUCCCGGCCAAGCUCUGGCAGCUGGUGAACAGCCCGCGCUGCGGCUCCGUGCGCUGGGAUGCCCGUGGCGAGGGGCUGCUCAUCGACCAGCGGCUCUUCGAGCGAGAGCUGCUGGGCGCGGAGGCGGCCGGCGACGGGGCGGCGCUGGCCGCCGAGUUCUUUAAGACGAAGAACUUCGGCAGCAUCAUCCGACAGCUGAACCUGUACGGGUUCCACAAGCUGGGGACGGGGUCCGGGCCCCUGCAGGACCCGGCGGGGGGCGAUUGCGGCAGCGCCCCCGGGGCCCUGCUCCACUUCUACAGCCCCCAUUUCCGCCGCGACCGCCCCGAGCUCCUCGUGCGUCUCAAGCGCCGGACGAGCGCCAACAAAGCGAAGCUGGCGGCCGGGCUGGAGCUGCCCAGCCGCCCGGCCCAGCUCUCCCAGUGCUCGCCCUCGAUGCUCGUCGAGGCUGCCAGACCCGGACUGGUGACUUCAGGAGAGGCUCCACAACCUUGUCGUCCAGACAGCUGCUUUCCUUCCUCCACCAGAGCGGCCUCAUGCCAGAACCACCCUGCUUUCCAGAUAAGGACUUCCCAGCAGCCUCCGGCCCCUUGCAGACCAUGGCAGGGUUCUGUUGGGUCGCUGCCAGGGCACUGGGCUUCCCCAGCUUUCCCAGGCCAGGGGGCUCCCUUUCCAGUCGUCCGCAAGUGCUGCACGGAGGUCACAUACACUCUGCAGACGGUGUGCUCCCUUCUGCCACUUCAGCGAUGGGCUCCAGCUGGUGCUGCCCUUCCAGAACCCGGCAGCUGCGCGUCUCCAGGGCAGUGCUUGCAAGGCCUGGAUCCAACACUCACCCUGCAGUGUUCACCCCCUGCCCAGGGAGGACCUCUGACUCUCAGCGCCAGUGCUGCAGCUGCGGCGUCCACCGACUGCGUCUUUGUGCAGAGUCCUGAAGUGCAGCCACCUCCUGCAGCUGAAUGCCUGCCCUCUGAUGGCGCACAGCACACAUCUGAGAAUGAGGAGAAGCUGCCGGAAUUAAGUUAUGAAGAUGUAUUUCAGUUUUUCAGUGAGAUGAAUGCAUCAGGCAGCGCAGAUGCAGUGACACCGGAGGCUGCAGAAAGCUGGGGUGGAGAGCUGUUUGAAAGCUGCAUCAAUGCGGCCAGAGAAAGUGCCGCUGCUGCUGACACGGCACAAGAGUUUGUGACCACCCAGGGAGCCCCUGAAGAACAGGGAGAAGAGCUGGAUCACAGCCCAGCUCAACCAUCAGAAAUGUUUGUUGUGGAAGCGUUGUUUAGUGCAGAGCAAGAGAAUGGGAGUCUUACAUGCGGAUGGGUGACGGAAGAGAGAGAGCUGACUCCAGGACCCAAGGCAGUGAAGAAAGCUGCAGAAGAGGCAGGGUCCCCUGCAAAGCAUUCGUGCAGGAAGAGAAGACGCAGCCCAGAGCAGGAUCACCAGGAGCCGGAAGGCGGAGCCUGGAAGCGGGGCUGCUUCUGGAGGGAGACACCAGAGUGA